UCUAUUGUUAAGUUGUAACAAUUAUGUUUCCUGUUUCCGGUCGGAACUCUGAUCUGACUGACUGACUGUCGGCGAAUGAGAUAAACAAAGAGCCGGUGACUUUUAAAGACAUAUAGAAACACUUCCUAACCCUCUUCGGAAACAUGGAGACUGGUUUGAGUCAGGAGAAGAUCGCCUCCUUUGUGAAGCGUUUGCGGGCGGAGCCCAGGUACCUGCUGGCCCAGAACGUGUCCACGUGCAUCGACCCGCUGGAGGUGUGUCUGCACAGGCAGACGGUCCAGGACACCGUGCACAUAUUCCAGCACUCCAUCCCCACAGAGGGCAAGCCUAUCACCAACCAGAAAAACUCAGGGAGAUGUUGGAUCUUCUCGUGCCUCAACGUCAUGCGCCUUCCCUUCAUGAAAAAGUUCAACAUCGAAGAGUUUGAGUUCAGUCAGUCCUACCUCUUCUUCUGGGACAAGGUGGAGCGGUGCUACUACUUCCUGCAGGCCUGUGUGGAGACAGCCCAGAGGAAGGAGCCUGUAGACGGCAGACUGGUCCAGUUCCUGCUCUCCAAUCCCACCAACGACGGCGGCCAGUGGGAUAUGCUGGUCAACCUCAUUGAAAAGUACGGCGUUAUCCCAAAGAAAUGCUUCCCAGAGUCUCACAGCUCCGAGGCCUCGCGGCGAAUGAAUGACAUCCUCAAUCACAAGCUGAGAGAAUACUGUCUAAGACUGCGCAACAUGGUGGCCAGUGAAUCCACUGAAGCCGAGCUGUCUGACGCCAUGGACACCAUGAUUGAGGAGGUCUUCAGGGUGGCCACUGUGUGUCUGGGCAGCCCCGCUGACUCCAUUUAUUGGGAGUACAGAGACAAGGACAAGAACUUCCACCGCAUGGGCCCCCUUUCCCCUCAGCAGUUCUACAAGGAGCUGGUCAAGCCCCUCUACAACAUUCAGGACAAGGUCUGUCUGGUGAAUGACCCGCGGCCUCAGAACCCCUAUGAGAAGUUGUAUAGCGUUGAGUUCCUGGGCAACAUGGUGGGCGGACACAACACCCUGUACAAUAACCAGCCCAUCCAGCUACUCAAAAAGGCCGCCGCAGACUCCAUCAAAGAGGGAGAGGCUGUGUGGUUCGGUUGCGACGUGGGCAAGCAUUUCCAUGGAAAACUGGGCAUCAAUGACAUGAAUGUGUUCAACCAUGAGUUGGUGUUCGGUGUGUCCAUAAAGAACCUGUCCAAGGCAGAGAGGCUGAUUUUCGGAGACUCCCUCAUGACACACGCCAUGAUCCUCACCGCUGUCACCGACAAGGAGGAAAAGGAUGGAGGUUAUGAGAAGUGGAGGGUGGAGAACUCCUGGGGGGACGACCGUGGGAAUAAAGGUUACCUAAUCAUGACCGACGAGUGGUUCUCUGAAUACGUGUACGAGGUGGUCGUGGACAAGAAGUACCUGGCCCCCGAGGUGCUGGAAGUAAUGCAGAAGGAGCCCAUCGUCCUUCCUGCCUGGGACCCAAUGGGAGCCUUGGCCUUGUAACUAUGGAAACAGAGGGUGCCAUCCCACCCACCUGGUCUCAGCCCUGGUCUGUUUGACUCCGCCCCAUCUCUCUGGUUUUACUCCUCCAUAGACUUCCACCCACCACAGCCUGUUCUCUAGACAAAUAAUAAAAGUCGGGUUUUUUUACUGGAAAAACACACGUCUUCUUUUGGCCAUUUUGUUUUGUCCAUGUCCUCUUUUGCUUCUCUCCGCCACCAGGCACCAGCAGAGUUUAUUGCAAUUCAGUUUUUGUUGUUGUGUGUCCUCUGGCUUCAUAAACAUUCUGUGGUAUGUAGAAAGCUGUGGGGUUGUUAAAAGGUCUGUAUGUACCAUCUCUUUGUUAGGGCUGGUUCAGGGUCACGUCCUAUGUAAGUAGUCCAUCCCAGAGACACACACAUCCACCCCACCAGCCCUAGCUGUAUUAUUGAGGCCCAGCGUAAUGCCAUCCCUUCCUCUCUGCUAGCUUCCCUAGGUCAGAGUUCAACCCAGAGCAGCCAGACGAGAGUGAGGUGUGUGAGAGAGAGUUAGGCAGGGGUGUCAGGAAGCAGCGUACCAGUCGCCCGCCCUCAAACCCCCCCCAGCCAUGGUCCAAUCCGGUGAGUUAUCGUCCACUGACAGAAGGGGAAGUGCCAGUUCAGCACACCAGUAUCCAGGGGAGCAUAAUAUCACAACUAUGACGGGUUCAGUCAGAGUUUAGUGGUGGUGGUCAGACUAGUAUGUUUUGAUGAGUAAGCAGUAGGGGGAACUCAACUCCCAACACAUUCAGUUCAGCUCAUGUGGAUAGAGACAGUGAUUACGCACAAGCUCCCCCCUGUGAACUUGCCCCUGCUGCUCCUCGCCGUAUGCCUUGCAUUACUGUGAGCUCUGCCUGGAAUGAGGUGACAGAAGGGCCGGCAGGCUGGAGCUCGGAGGAUGGGGGUCAGGAGGGGUCAGCUCAGUCCCCUGGAAUCCCAGCCGUGUGAGGCGUACCACAGCCACCCGUCACUCCUCUCACCCCACUAUUAAAUCAUUACAACUCCCAGAGAUCCCCCGAACCGACAAACGCAGGAACGGCCGGCAAUUGACCCCGACCCCUGAAUUCCAACCCUCCUGAGUGGCCGAACACAGGGGCAGUACAUUUCCCAUGGGGUCAGACGGAAGAGAGGGCGAGUGUGUGUGUGUCCCUUACCGUUGAACUCCACACAAACAUGAACACAGUGUGUGUAAAAGUCCACCUUCCUUUCCCUCUGUGGUCCACUGGCUUUCUCUCUUGGCUCCUUCAUUUGCGUCACAACCCCUGUCUCACUUUUCACCAGGUCUCCCCUGUUGGCACAUAAGAGACUUGUUUUUGAAUGUCCCAGUGCAGAUUUCUCCUGUAAGUAGGGAGCACUGUAUAAGUGGAACAUGUGGACGUGAGAACCAUUCAGGUGCGUACUGGCAGCCCUCUCACCUUAGGUUCCUGUUUAUGGAUCAUCUCAAGUCUGAGGAGGAGUGCUGAUCUCCGAUCAGUUUUGCCUUUUAGAUCAUAAUAGAUCAAAAUUGAUAUUCAGUGGAUGGGAGGGGGGGUGGGGGGCUGAUCCUAGAUCAGCACACCUACUUAGAGGCUUGUGUGACUAAACACAAUAGAGGAGCAACACAGUAAAGCUGUCAGAUCUCUUGUUUCACUAUUUCUUCGGGGAGGUUGAUGUUAAUCUCUCCGUUGAGUUUGUUUGGUAUGUUUAGCAGCGUUAAGAGUUUGGAGGGGAUGGAAUGGUUUUUUUCACAUAGGCUGCUGGAGAGUUACACACACACAAAGGCAUGAACAUACACACACACACACACACUCCAUCAUGAACACACACGCAGAGUUAGUUUCCAUGUGAGGGGCUUUGGGGCCAGCUGGGCCCAGGAUUGAGAUGUAGUAGAGAGGCUGUUAAGGGGCUUUUAGGUGCUGUACCUUUUCCUUGGCAGCACUGAGUAGCAAAUAUGUAGCUUUGUAGUUUAGCCUCCCCCUGUGUUCCCAGAGAGAGAUUCCAAGAAAUUCCACUUCAUCUUUUCAGGGCUUUGUCUGACUGACCUGAUCGUGAUGGGAGUCUGGAUGGUGACUUAUUCAACACUUAAUACA